AUGCUUACAGCUGAGAAGAAGGAUAGAAAGAAAGCAUUACGAACGUGUGUGAGAUGUAGGCGAAAUAAGAUUAAGUGUGAUCUUCAGUCAGCGCGACCCAAAUCGUGUACUGCGUGUGAAAAAAGGAGGGUCGAAUGCGUCGUUGACUAUGUCGUUCCCCACCAGAGAUCCCAAGAGCUUCUAUCCAUAGUGAAAAGUGUUGAAGAAAUGAAAAAGCAGCUACAAGAGAGGUCCGAUAAGUACGAAACUAUGGGCAAUCAGUCUAAGAAGCUUUUGGAAGAGGAUACCAAAAACAUUCAGGUUGGAAAUCGUGUGAGUAAAAUAAUCAAAAUAGGAGAUGACGAUUUUAUCCUGAUAACCUUAGCUGAAGAUGAGCUUAUUAUCAAUAACUGCACUAUUAAUUUAAAAAAACUGGAAGAUGCAAUGGGUCAAUUCAGGGACUUAGUGGGAUGUCUACUAAAUUUGUACAGCAAAUGGGAAGUUGAUCAAAGCUGUGUCUCUGAUAGUGUAAUAGACGAGAGGACAAGCAGGUAUUCUGUUGAAAAUCUUUUUUUUAAUGACCAGCUUCCAUUGUUACUCUGUUUAGUAAACUUCUAUUUUGAUGUUGGUGGUCUUAAAUAUGAAAAUCUGUUUGACCAAUUGGUUGACGAUUAUUGCGUUAUGGCAAUUGAAGAUGACAAAGAUGGGGUAUGCUUUGACCGUCGUACGUUGUCGAACUAUAUUGUUGGAGAAACCAAGGAAGAAAGCGGGACGCAUUUUAACGGGGAAAUAUUCAUCAAAAAACUGACAUUGUUUUUAUUUUAUCACAUUGUGCUUUAUGGUUUCGACCACUACAUGGAUUGGUUUAUGGAUAGAUACAUCAAGACGUUGGAGAACGUUAGGAAAAAGGUUAACAUUGAGAAGAAUUGGGAAGUCAAAUGGGUCAAUUUUUAUAUUAAAAUAUUUGAUCUGAUUAAAAAUCUGAACCGACCUGUUCGUUUCGAAGAUGACUGUGGUGCGUUUUUAAAAGUCAUGGAAAAUGAUUCGAAGUUAAUCAAAGAAGGUAGAGUUUCAGAAGGAUUCGUCAAAUCGUGUCUGGAAUGUUACAAAGACAUGGUCUGUUUUACUAAAGUUGGGAAGAGAAGAAUUGCGUUUUUUACAAUGUUCAUUGCCCAGUUUGUCACUUUGAAUCUAUUUGUCGUUCUGAAUAACAGCGAUGAGGGGAGGGAAGAAAUUAAACAGCUACGUUAUACCGGUUUCAAUGGGAAGGAUGUAUUGGGAGGAUCAUACGAAGCUGAUGUGAUAGGAAGAAAGACUUGCCUUGAAAAGGGUAAUGACAACAUUAUAGAUGGGUUUGAUGGUUGCGUGGUUGAUGAGAGAUCUUGUUUGAACGUUGUACAUAGACGUGCGUUUGAGAGGUGUGUGAGGAUAGAUGAAGAUAGUGAUGCAUAUAGUAUCGUUUUUGAGGCCUUAUCUGUCAGCGGGCAGCGUAGGAUGCUAGAAAGUUGUAGCUGCAAAAUGGUUACGGAUUUGUAUCAACGUGUUGUGGUGGAUGGAAUGGUUGCGAAAGUUUUUGAGGAAUAG